AUGGCGACUGCGCACCCCGAUCUAACGCGUGGAGCUUUUGGUGGAGGCGGAUGCGACUUGGACCCGAGGAUGGACCUGAGUGGGCGUGAGCAGCAGAGCCACGGUGAGGAAGAAGAGGAGGAAGAGGAGGAAGAGGCGGCUCUGGAUGAUUUGGAGCCCCUGGAUUUGGAUUCUAUGUGUGCGUCGCAGGGAGACUCGCAGGAGACGUGGUUGUACAUCACGCACAGCCCUGACUCCGGCCUCAGCUCCAUCACUCCUCUGCAGUGGUGCCGACAGACUCUGGACAGCCCCAAGCUGGAGUCCACCAGGAGGUCCCUGUCCUCCCGCCUGGAGCAAGCGCCCCUGACCUCCCCUCUGCACCCCCACCUCCUGCGGACCCUGUCCCCGGUGCCCCGAGACCUGUCCCCGGGGCCCCAAGACCUGUCCCCGAUGGCGGAGCGCAGUCCUACGUUCCUCUCACACCUUUCCAAACGCAGUCGCAGCCUGCAGAGGGCGAUGUUCAGCCCUCAGUCUCCGGUCGACCCGGAGAACCCUGUGUGUGCGGAGUUCAAACUGCAGGAUCUCACAGACGUCCAGGUCAUGGCGCGGAUGCAGGAGGACAGCCUCAGACAGGAGCUGAGCCUGCCCCGCCCUCGCCGCAGCCUCAGCCUCAGCUCCUUCAGCGGCGCCCUCUCAGGCCACGAGGAGGACGAGAGCGGAGACAACUGCGCCCUCCUGCUGCCCCCCGCGCCCCCCCUCAGCCGCCUCGCCCACUCCCACACCCUGCACAACUUCCACAGCCUCCGGAACUGGCCCACCGCCGCCGCCCCGCCCAGCCCCCCGCCCCCCUCCGAUGGCUACGGCUACAGCGCCACGGGCCUGGAGACGCCGCAGUACACCCCCCUCGCCUACAGGAGGCAGGCGUCCGUAUCAGGACUGAGGCUGUAG